GUUUCAGUGUCGAGUCAGCCGUGAUUGCGUCGCCGUUUCGCCGUCCUCGUCCUCGUCUUCACCGGCCUCAUUGUCGUCAUUGUCGUCAUUGUCGUCUCCGUCGCGUGACUCUGAUGGGACGGCAUCGUUAAGACACACGUUCUCGAGAUGCGCGUUUCAAUCGUCCCGCCCGAUUCCACGAGACCUCCCGUGGGUCAACUGGGUCAGGUGCCAAACGAAGCGGAGCGGCCUGAUUAAAUACCUCGGAGAGACCCGGUUCCGAAAACGGAGUGCUCCUCUUUUUAGCUGCGAGCAAUUAGAAAUACGCCCGGCGCGGCGGAUCGAGCCGCGCGUGCUGAAAAAUUGAUUAGCGCCAUGACAAUGAGUGCGUUAAUUUGUCUAGCUCUACAUUGCACGCGAAAGCCUAUAUACGGGUGAUAAGUGGUUCUAGUUAAGGAAGCUGCAUUAAUCGAUGCAUUUAUCGUGCUCCGGUUUCCGUCGAGUCGAGCCGGGCAAGAAGCAGUUCGCGAUUCAGGAGAGGCAAAGGAAACGACGGAACAGCAGACACAUGUAGCAUUCGGGCAUCAGUAUAAUGAAGCCGUCCAUGAAAAUGGGAGUGAUCGCCUUGAUAGGGAUCUUCGUAGUCUUUUAUCAAUAUCUCCUGUCCACCGGCAUUACUUUCGAUCAAGUAACGGUCUUCAAUGCCGAUACUUCCGCGAACGCUGCCGAGGAUUUGCCGGUCGGUGAGGAGGAUAAUAGCGAAACCCCAAGGCUCGCCGAGGAAAUGAUUCGAUACGCCGUGUACCAAGUACAAAUCACGAACGGCCUGAGUCCGGAAAUAAGCUCGAUGCUCGUGCAGGAACUUAUCAAUCAGUUAAGCGAAAAUGUCUCGGUGGCCUCCAGAAAUCAUUUCAAGUCUCCGCCGCAAUCGCAACCCUCGGCGAUGGCGAUACACAGGGCGGUAACGCCUCGUCCGUCGGUUCCUUCCGAGGAAUCGUCCGAAGAACCCCUAUACAUCAUCACACCCACAUAUCGAAGACCCGAACAGAUCCCCGAACUCACGAGGAUGGCCCAUACCUUGAUGCUGGUCAAAAAUAUACAUUGGCUCGUCAUCGAAGACGCUACCGUCGCUACCAAGCAAGUUACCACAUUAUUGGAAAGGACGGGCUUGAAGUUCGAUCAUUUAAUCGCUCCGAUGCCGGAGAAGUACAAGCUUAAAAAGGGCGCCAAGCCGCGAGGGGUGUCGAACAGAAAUCGUGGUUUACAAUGGAUCAGGGCGAACGCCACAAAAGGUGUGUUCUACUUCGCCGACGACGACAAUACUUAUGAUAUUGAACUUUUCGACGAGAUUCGCAAGACAAAAACAGUGUCGAUGUUUCCGGUGGGAUUGUGCACCAAGUUCGGGCUGAGCUCGCCGAUCUUGAAGAACGGAAAAUUCGCAGGGUUCUAUGAUGGUUGGGUAGCUGGACGGAAGUUCCCGGUGGACAUGGCCGGAUUCGCCGUGAACGUCAAGUUCCUGCAUCAGCGGCCGAACGCCACCAUGCCGUUCCGCGCGGGAUACGAGGAGGACGGGUUCCUGAAGAGCUUGGCACCGUUUGAGCCACGGGACGCCCAACUGCUGGCGGACAAUUGCACCAAGGUGCUAGCCUGGCACACACAGACGAAGAAGAACGAGCCGAGCGCGCCGUUGGACAUGAAGCUUUAUGGCGCGACGAAUCUGGUGAAGCUCAAGCAGCAGAUAGUAUGAUGUCGGCCGGGACAACGAAGAUGCGUGAACUCGAACCUGAAUCUUGUGUGUAAUCCCGCCCCUCCUUCGCACUAGUUCAUCGGUGUCACUCCAGGGGAAUUCCUAGGUGCGGAAAAUUGUGCGAUUCAGUGCCUAAAAGUAUAUAUCUACCCUCUCUCUCACGGCGAGAGCGGGAAAGUCGUUAUUACCUUUAAGCAUAGCCGGUAAAACGAAUCGUUUUUUUAUCAGCUUUUACACAUCCGCAACAAGUAGCUCGCCCCGAAGACGCCCCUUGCUCCGAGAAAGAAUAUCGCGGUGGAGAAAAAGAAUAAAAUAGGACCCUCGGGGCAACGUUAUGACUCGAUACAGUGCAGAUAGAAAUUUACGCGUAGAGUCCGAAACCAUCUAUUACUGUUACUUUUUGACAUUCCCAUUUUCGUGAAGCGAUGCACGGAAAGAUCAGUUUUGUUAAAUCUAAAAAUUUAGCUAGAUACUGAAGAUAACUUUGUUUGAAUCUGCACCAAAAAGAAAUUAUGUAGAACAUUUAAACUGGUGAUUACAAUGUUAAAACGUUUUGCAGCAUUGCCUUCAAAAUUUUACAUUGAUUAUUUUGAUAGUCCAACAAAUCAAAAUUUUCUUGCUUCAGUAAUAUUGUUCUUUCCGUCUAUAAAUGCGAAAAGGAAGAUGAAUUCCUUUAUUAAUAAUACUAAUUGAUACGUGGGAUGGUGAUGUUCGUUAAGUGAAAAUCGAGGCAAGAUUUCGAAGUAUCUUUACGCGUAUAAAUGUUGAAGUCACGCACUGUACAGAUCAACGACCAAAGAAAGCAAAUGAGUCACUCGCUGUAACGUUAUAAACUCUUACACUUAUUUUACUCUACCUGAGGGAUACGUCCCAAAUUCUAUAAAUAGAUACUCUAUUCUAUUCCAAUCUAUUCCAUAGCGCGAAGUUUCAUUCCUAAACUUGCUCUAGUAUGACACGAGGUCACAAAUGAUUCGAUCAAAGAGUGAAAAUAUCUGGGCGAUUUUACGCCCUCCCUUUAAUUCACGCUGAUCGGUCUCCUAAUGAUGAACUUGACAUUGCUCGUUAAUCUAAUUACCAAGUAUAAUGUUUAACGAUCGUCAUUUAAUCCUUAUCCUGCCUCUUAAUGCGAUUAGCAAGUAUAGGCGAUUGCGAGAUAAAGAAUUAGAGCAAGUCCUUUAAUAAGAAUUCCUCUCGUAGCUUCGAAAAAUUUCGAGUGAGAGGAUAAAUGUUUAAAAGUCGAAGCAUGAAAAUCGAAGUUUAGCUUUGUCAACAAUAGAGAAAUUAUUAUUUACACGAGGAUUUCUGAUUCAAAUAUGAAAUUUUCUUCGACAGGUAUUUUCGAUCGAAGAAUAUCAAGUUAAAAUGCACGAGAUACCUUUGACUUAUUUAGCCUUCAACAUAAAUCAACAUAAAUCAGCAUUUAAAAAAAAUGUCCAACAUGCAGUAUGCGCAUAAUUAUCACAACUUAGACCGAAUAAAUUUUUCAGGUUUUUCGAAGAAUCUGAAAAAUUGAUUUCACGACUGAAUAUCGUGGAAUGCCUAUAUCGUACGAGUAGCAUUCGCCGAAACAAGCAUCCUCUCCUGUAUUUGACUGAAUAGAGAUACUUUUAAUUCUCGAGUUGCGCUCGUCGCUGCUCUUUCAUUUCCUUUAGCAUAAGCCAUUUAUUUCAUUGCGUAACGUCGAUUUACGAAAUCAUAAGCAAAAUAGCGAAUUAUAAUCAAAUAGAGCGUUUCCGUUACCAGUGUACUUGCGUGCGUGUGCGUAGAAAAUAUGUACUUCCUAGAAAGGUAUAAUAUUUAAUGCUACGUUUGAUUCCUCUUGCACGGUUCGCGCGAGUUAAAUAGUACUAAAAAAAAAGCUAGGAAAUAAAAAAGGUGUGCACUGAGUGCGAAAUCCAAAGAAUCCGUUUCGAUUAAUUGCCGAUGAAAUCAUCAGAAUAAUAUCGAAUCAGGAUUGUACAGUGGAACCUUGAUAAUUCCGAACGUCUCCAUUACUCUAACAUAUCGUUGUAAAAAUUCGACCAAUAUUGGAUCAAAUAUUAUCUAUAAUUUCCUGUGAUCUUACUUAUACAAAUACUUCGCGUAUGUCACUUAUUAUUUCUCUAAUCGGAGAAUAAUGUAGUUAUCUUCAAUUAUACAAUUUGUACAUUAAAAAAAAUCAAAGUUAAAAAUUAGUUACAUAAUGUUGUAAUUAAUCGUGGAUCAAAGUAUUAAUUAAUUAUCAGUCAGCUUAAUUAAUUCGGCAUUAGGAGUUCUGCUGUACGAACACUCGGAAGACUGCGGAAAAAUAAAAAAAAAAUUUUCUAUUCUUAUAUGUAUAUUUAGUAGCACUUUCGAUUGUAUAUCUUUAAUAUCGAUAUUGGAACAUUUCAUAUCAUUAGUUUGAUCUGGGAGUCGAUCAUGUAACUCUCCCAACCGUGAAAAUGUGAAAUUGUUCACGUGAACCGUGGUGGCGAAAAGGCGGAAACCUACGGAAUUAAUAAAUGUACUUUGAAAUUUAAUAGAAGUAUGGCCAUGUUAUUCGUCGAAUAGAUUAUUAUUUCAGGAGAUAAAUUAUGUUGAAAUAAAAACGGACUAUGAAUACCGGCCUAGAAACCAGCGCAUUCAAACACGCUAUGCGUGAAAAGUUUCAUGUGAAAUUUCGAUGAGUGAAAAAUGAAAAGUGAAAGAUUGAAGCGUAAAAAGUUUUACGUAAAAUUACAUGAUUGACCCCCAGGGUAACUUAAAAUAUAUUCCUAAUUCCCAAUAAUUUCUUACGACACAUUAAUUUCCGAAAGUGCUCUACUUUAUCUACUUUCGUCUAGCGUGUGACGUUUUAUAUAGACGUGAUUCUAGCGUAUGGAUGAUAAUAAUUUAUCGCUUAUGUUCUAUAAGAUUAUAUACAUAUAUAUUUAUAUAUAUGUAUAUAUAUUAUAUACAUAUAUUUAUAUAUGUAUAUUAUUGCUGACACCAAAACUCAAAAAAUUACGGUAUAUACAUAAAAUAUCUAUAGGAUAAUUGCACUAUUUAGAAAUUGAUCAAAUGUCGAAAAAGUGAAAUGGCGUUAAAUUUUUCCUCAUUCACAUAUCCUGCCAGAAUGUGCGGAAAUUUGUGUAUAAAAGAUAUGUUAUUUAAAUUUUAAAUUGAUUUAUAUGGAUAUGCGGUCCGCAAUAAACUUACAACAAGCAAUAUGUGCGAUUCUCGCGCAGUUAGAUUGUAAAGUGAGAAAGAAAGAGAAUGCGCGCGAGAGAGAGAGAGAGAGAAAGCGAGCGAGCGAGAGAGAGAAAGAGAGGAAGAGAAAUAGAUAGAUGAACGAUUAUAUUUUUGUUUUAUCAGAAUAUGUAGGAAGUAAGACGUCUUGGUUCUAAUUUUGUGAAAUCUUAGAAAGUACUUAGCGCGUUGAUUUUAGACGGUUUGUAAUAUACGAUUGUAUUAUUUUAUAAUAUCAGUUCUACGUGAUAUAGGCGGAUAAAAACGCCUCCAUCGCGAGUAAUGCUCAAAUUUCCGGCAAUCCAGAGGCUGAGUGUAUAUGUGCAAGCCGGAAAUUGUAUAUAUAUAUAAAUCUUUAUUUCUAAACAAAAUAAUUAAUCUUUUGUUAUAUAUAUAUAUAUUUAUAUCACAUCCAGGUCUGAAAGAAUUGGAGAAGAUAGGAAUACUUUUUCAUGGAAUGAAAAUUACAGUGCACACAUAUUUCCCUCGCUAUUUUUUUCUAUUAUAAUAAGAAUGAUUUAAUUCGUGUUUUUUCCGAUUUAGUAUUUUUGCAAAUUUGGAGUAUAGACUCAAAAUUGUUCUGAUGUGUAUAAUAUUCUUUUUUUCAUUUUUGCGGAAUUUACUUACAAAGAUAUUUUUGUAUCAGGCUUGAUUUUCUCGAGACACAAUUCUUACUAUCAACAAAAAAAGAAAUUUAGAA